AUGAGGCCUGGGCGCUUGAACGGCCCCAUGUUCAAACGUCCCAUCGUUGUCGCCCUCUUCCUCCUCCUCACCACCCAGGCUGCCUUUGCAGCAGCAUCAUCCGCAGAUUUACAAGCGGGCCGCAGGAACUCGGCGCCGUCGCCGCGCCAUGACAGCUCCCGAUCGUCGUCAGCAUUUCCGCUGAUCACCUGGCUGCGCGACUCGGCCAUCGAGCUCGUCUUUGGCAAGCACCCAUCCUCGUCUGGCGGUGGCAGCAGCGGCAGUGUAAGCAGCGGCGGAUCGCACUACUCGUCGUACUACCAGCCUGCGCGUUACUCCAAACAGACGGUCAUCCGAUUUAUUGUGUCGACGGCGGCCGAGGAAUUUGCGCUCGCAGAGGCGACUAGUCGGCUCUUCCUGGAUAUCUGGGUAUUCAACAACCACACGGGCACAGUGGACGUCCGUCUCAACAAGGAAGAUGUGCCGUCGCUGCUGACGCUCCUGCCAGAGUCGCUGCACUACGCCUUCUCGCCGCUGAUCCCCGAUCUGGCCGUGGCCGUGCAAGACACUUACCCCAAGGUAGCAGGGGCCAAGAGUGCGGCGGUGGCGCAGCUGUCUGCGUUCACGUCGGGCGGGAGCACGUCUGCCGCCGGCGUGGGUGCGGUUCUUGGUACGGGACUGGACAAUGUUUUCUUUCAGGACUACCAGCCGCUGCCCGUAAUCGAGCAGUGGAUGAGGCUGAUGGACGUCAUGUUUCCCUUUGUGGAGAUGAUCAGCGUUGGCCAAUCGGCCGAGGGUCGGGAGGUUUUCGGUCUGCGAGUGGGCGCAUCGAAGAGAGACGACGACGGUGCCGACGACGUGAAUGAUGGCGACGACCCGGAACAGCCGGAGCCGAAACCGGGGCCGUCGACGAAGAGGAAGACGAUCCUGAUGACGGGUGGGCUGCACGCGCGGGAAUGGAUCACGACGAGCACAGUCAACUACGUGGCCUGGUCACUGAUUGCAGGCUACGGCAAGGCACGUCUGAUCACGAAGCUGCUGGACCACUUUGACGUGGUGUUUGUGCCGGUGGUCAAUCCGGACGGCUACGAGUACACGUGGCACACGGACCGACUGUGGCGCAAGUCGCGGCAGGGCACCAACUUCCGGUACUGCCGCGGGCUGGACCUGGACCACGCCUUUGGCUUCGCGUGGGACAACAACGUGCACGUGGAGCCGUGCUCUGAGUCGUACGGCGGCGAGGCAGCCUUCCAGGCGGUGGAGGCGCGUACGCUGGCGACGUGGGCGCGUGGCGAAGUGCUGCUGCGGGACGUCGAGUUUGUCGGCUUCCUGGACCUGCACUCAUACUCGCAGCAGAUCCUUUUUCCGUUCUCGUACUCAUGCGAGGCUGACCCGCCGAACCUGGAGAACCUGGAGGAGCUGGCGGCUGGGCUGGCCAAGGCCAUUCGGCUGUCGACGGGCGAGCUGUACAGCAUCUCGUCGGCGUGCGAGGGCGUGCUGAGCAUGGGCGACUGGUCGUCGGGUGAGCCGGCGCUGGGUCGUAUCGAGUCGGGCGGCGGCUCGGCCAUCGACUGGUUCUACCACGAGAUGCACGCGCGCUAUAGCUACCAGAUCAAGCUGCGCGACACGGGCAGCUACGGCUUCCUGCUACCGUCGUCGGAUAUCGUGCCAACGGGCGAGGAGAUCUUCAGCGCGUUCAAGUACUUUGGCGACUUUCUGCUAGGCAACAACGGCAUCGAGCGGUCGUUUGGGCCUGACGACAAGGAUAGCGGCAGCAAGACGAGCAAGACGAGCAAGAUCACAGAGUUGGCAAAGGGCAACAACGGCGAUCACUGGACUGAAUUGCGGAGGCGAACGCAGAAGUGA